GUGACUACGAUCAUCUUCUUCUGGCCCUGUGUGUUCUCUCUUUCAAUGUCCUAUGUGCAUAUGCCUUAUAUACAUAUAAGUGUGUAUAUGUGUAUAUAUUCCAUGUGUGUGUGACGCGUGGCCUGCCAGAUCAUCACGGGUUACAAGUUUAGUCUUUGACUGGAGGCAUCCAAGUGAACAACUCAGCUUCAAACUUUGUCUAACAAUUUCAUUAUUUAUUGGUUGUUAUAAUAAUUUUUUUGUUUAAAAAAAAAACCCCUAUAAAAUAUUACAUACUACAAUAAUUUCAUUGGAAUUAAAAAUUUAUUAUUUAAACACAAAAGAGAAAAGAGAAAAUAUCAUCGAUGAACAAAUAAUCAUCGAUACAAUUUCAAGAUGAUUGUUAAAAGUUAAUUGCAUUGUGCUAUAUUGGGGGAAAAAAAAAAAAAAAAAAAAAAUACAAAAGUAACCAUUUAAAUGGUUGAAAGAAUGUAAUUCAACAAGUCCUCGUGAUACCCCAAUUAAUUUCAUUGAAAUAUUCAACAAUAAUCCCAUUUGUUUAUUGUUUUCUUUUUACGUUUGAUCAAACGUAAAAUUGUAAAACGAAUUUUAAGUUUCUUCAUGUGUGUUUUGUUUAAAUUUUCUUCCAAUUCUUUCUCUUUAAUAUCGAAUCGGAUUGAAAAUAUCGGACGAUUUGGACAAAGAAUUUUGAAUACAAGCGAAGAAAACGAAAUCAAAUAAUAAAAAUAUAAACAAAAUAAAAAUGGAUUAUAGAAAUGAUCAGUUAAUGUUAAAAAGAACAAGAAAGAUUAAUAAGAUUGAUGAUGAUGAUGAUGAUGAUGACGAUGAAGAAGAGGACCUUCAAAUAACUGCAAUUCAUCGAAGAAACCUAACGCGAAUAUUUCUGAAACAUUUGAUCACUUGGGCACAGGAUUCUGUUGAUAGGCUUCCUAUUCGUGUUACAUUAUGCAACUUGGGCAUACUUGUGGUCCUACUUGCUAUUGUUUUACCCAAAACAUUGACUUAUAUACUUUUGUAUCCAAUUUUCAGAUUAGGCUUUGGUACUUUAUAUCCCGCGUAUGCCUCCUACAAAGCUGUACGCACCCAAAAUGUGAAAGAAUAUGUCAAAUGGAUGAUGUACUGGAUCGUAUUCGCUCUGUUCACAUGUGCAGAGACAUUCACGGACGUAUUUUUUAGUUUUUGGUUCCCAUUUUAUUAUGAAAUCAAGAUAAUUUUGGUGCUGUGGUUGUUGAGCCCAACGACUAAGGGCUCAAGUAUUUUAUAUCGACGCUUCGUACAUCCCGCAUUAACACGACACGAAGCUGAAAUAGACGAGGCCUUUGCACGUGCCACAGAACAGGGUUACAAAGCUGUCCUACAUCUGGGCACUAGGGGUGUCAAUUAUGCUACAACUGUACUCAUGCAAACCGCUAUCAAGGGGGGCGGUGGAUUAGUUCAACAAUUGAGGAAGAGCUAUAGCUUGAGUGAUUUGACUGGUGGAAAACAUGUCGAUAAUAGAAGCUUACCUGAACCACAAGACGAGACUGACAUGGAAGAUGAACCUCGCCGAAGAGAACACGUAGGAAGAAGAGGAUACAGUCCACGAAGGACUCAAUCCAGUACCAAUAGAGUAGAAAUGUACUUUUCUGAAGUAGACGUUGAUAUGAUCCAGCCAAGGCCUAGAGAACCAAUAGCUAGUUUAACUAAUAUCAGGUCCUCCGAUGAUAUAUCAAGCGGAUACAGCAGUGGUGAAGCACUGCAAUCUCAUCGAAUAGCAUCCCAAGGUGAUGCUUUGGUUAGAACAUCAAGUGUAGGAGCUAGGACACGUGUGAAGCCUCGUUCGACAGCAAAAAAGACACCAGAGGAUGCUGAAGAGGAAUCCAAGAACGACGACCUUCUUCUUCCAUCGCCAUUAACCCUCCUCACUCCUGAUCAACUUCAUCAACUUUUGUUACUUCUCGAUAAGAACGAUGAUCAUCGAAUGAUUAGUAAGUCUGAUAGCAACGAACAAUUAUUAGAUAAUUUAAAUGAAAGAGAUGAAUCUAAAUCAUCAUCAUCUGAAGAGUCUGAGGUUUGGUUCAUACCAAAUUUAUCAUCAGAAACUGAUAAUAAACAACCUCAGACUGAACUUUUGGAAAUAGAUAACAACAACUUGACGGAUUGUCAAAGAUCAAGUGAAAUCUUAACAAAACCAUCAUCCAACGAACAAUCAGAUCUUCAACAAAAAGAUAUGGAAAAUAAGGAGAAUAAUGAAAUGACCCCCCAACUUAUUACAAAUUCUUUUCAAACAACUGACGCCAAUGUGGAUAUUAAUAAAAUCAAGGAUGAAAUUUGUCGAGAAAAACUAGACGAAUUGAAAGAACUUUUAAAUAGCGCACACAAAACUGUCACAAAGCUGGUAUCAUCUGAAGAAAAUUUAAAUCAGAUUGAUAAGUUAAUCUCAGACAAAGCAGAAUCUUUAGGAAAUUUAGAAAACAUUGAUUCCUCAAACAUUUGGUCAACGACAAAUGUAACUCGAAGUAAAUCAGAUUGCAAUGAUCGUGCUGGUAAAUAUAAUAAAAAAUUGGCACCCAAGGCACCUGUUUUAACUCAAGACGAUGUCCUCUCGGAUAGCACUGAAUCUGAAAAUGCAUUGAAAGCAACCCUGGUGAUCAAAACUGGCAUGGUAAAGACUUUCUCAACUGUUAACAAUGCCAAAGAUGUUUUUAUAGCUCAUGCAUCUCAAACAAAAAAUAAAAAAAAGAAACGAAGCAAGGAUGGUAUCACCAAACUGUUAUCAAUACCAAAAAAUAUAUUUCAUGGUGCUUUUCACAAAAAUUCAAGUGGUUCCAAUAAAGAUGAAGACACCAGUCCAUCUGUUUCUGAAUAUAGUUCCAGAUCGAGAUCUGUCAGCGUUGGUUCUCAAGAUAUUACUACAACCAAUGAGAUUACAAGUAAUGUUGACAACAAUAAAUCAGAAGAUUCUACUUCUGAUAACUGUAAUCAAGAUACUUCGUCUGAUAAAAUGGAAAAUUCUGAUGCAAAAGUGACUUCAGUAAAACGUAUAUUAAUACCACAAAUGUCACAUUCACCUGGUGCCUCAAGGAAAGUUUACUUUAAUGAAGAUACUAUCUAAAAAUAUCAAUUCCUUAAUCCUAUCCUAUUUUUGUUGACUCUACCAAUCACUUUAGAGUACUCUGGAACAUGGCAAAAACGAAGAGUUGAUUCAAUGUAAUUAUAACAAGUUUCGCUACUCUACCUCGCAGCAAGAAAACCAACAAGAAGAAAGUAGCAUGAAAUUUACCAGCUGCUGACCGCAU